AUGCCAGAAACUAGAGCGCCAAAGCGAGAUAGUUUGACGGACUCAGAUUCUGACUUGCCGGAAAUAAGUGAAAUCAACUUCUCAAGAUUAAGUAGACGCAGAUACAGUCUAUCACCUUCUCCGCCUCGUAAAAAGUCUAAAACCACAGGCAAGGUUCCGACGGCCAAAAAGACGGUGGGGCCGAAGAAAACUGACGAAGAAAAGGAGCAAGAAAAGAGGGAAAAAGCAAAGGCUCGGGAAGCCGAAAAGGAACGGAGACAAGCCGAAAAGGAGAAUGCAAAACAGCAGCGAGCAAUCGAAAGAGAGAAAGAGAAAGCCUUGGCUGAAGUUAACAAGCUCAAGACUGACAGGAAGGCUGCCGUACCUGAGAUGAUUGUGGAUCUCCCCAGCGCUUUGAGCGUUGGCAUUAAAACUCAGAUAGAGAAGCUACUUGGUAGUAUGGAUGUCCAAUUCGAAUACUGGGACAGCCACGACAGCAACGUCGUGAAAUGGCGGCGAAAAGUAAGCUCCACGUAUAACGAGGGGCUCGGACACUGGGAGCCGAUUCCAAUGCGCAUCAAAGCGGAAGGGCAUGUCAUGGCCAUCAUCGAAGCUGCCGAGUUCGUUAAGCUCGUUCUCGGCCCCGAAGGCCAAGAUCUCGAAGCUCACGUUCUCAAAAUGAAGACGAGCUUCCCCGGCGGUACAUUGAUCUACUUGAUAGAAGGCCUCACGCCUUGGAUGCGCAAAAACAAGAACAUCCUCAAUCGAAGGUUCGCAUCGGCGGUUCGUGCUCUCGACACUAAUAAUGUUGCGGAAUCUACUUCAUCCGGCCAGCCAUCCCGACGCCGAAAUAACGCCCAGCAAGAGUACAUCGACGAAGAUGUCAUUGAGGACGCGCUGCUCUCUCUGCAAGUCGUCCACGGAGCCUUAAUCCACCAUACGAACGUGCAGGUCGAAACAGCGCAGUGGGUCGCCGCGUUCACGCAGCACAUCAGUACAAUCCCGUACAGGAAGGCGCGGGACGCGGCCACGGACGCCGGGUUCUGCAUGGAGGUCGGACAGGUGCGGACGGGGGAUGGUGCUAAGGAUACCUACCUCCGCAUGUUGCAGGAGGUAACUCGCGUGACGGCGCCCAUCGCAUUAGGCAUCGCCGCCAAGUACGGUACCGUGAGUCAGCUUGUGUCUGGGCUGGAGAAAGACGGACCUCAUGCGCUCGAGAAUUGCCGGAAGUGCGCCAACAGAGACGGCGCUUUCUCGGAUCGCGUCAUUGGUCAGGCUAUUAGCAAGAGGGUUUACAAGAUCUUUACCAGUCAGGAUCCAGGAAGCAUGGAUGUGUAA